CUGCUGUCCACCACCCACAUCCUAUGUUCAUCACUUCAUCAUAAGCUAGACAAAUAGUAUGGGCCCUCCUUCAUCCAGACGCACAAGACGCUCUGACGCCGUUGAGGGCGAGCAUAAUGACGAUGCGCAUCGUCUCCGCACGGACCCGGUUAUCCUUCUCGCGCAGAAGAACCAAAGGAUCAAAUCUUUGGAGAGUGAGCUGAAGACUCGGACACUCCUGGCAUCUCAUCUCCAGGCCCGACUCUUCGCCACCCUCGACGCGCUUGACACGCUUCAACUCGAUCAUACUCUCGAGCUUGAGCAUGAACAUCAGCAACACGAUGCGCUGCGAAAGCGUAUACGAGGGAUGGAGAACCUUCUUAGACGGAUGGAGCAAGAGAAGGACGAGCUGCGCGAAGUGUUGGAGGUUGUGGUCCGGAAGGUCGAAUUAUCAAGCGACUUCUCACUAUGGCCCCAGCCCGCUAUGCGCACCAGUGGCUCAUCGUCGCGUCCUCUCCGUCCCGCCAAGCCUCGAUCGUCCCCGAUCCAGGAUGACACACACGAUCGCGACCACGACGAUCUCCUCUACGCCACCGCCGUGAUAUCCCAGCUACAAACAUCUCUCCGAGACUCCAAGGCAUCGCUAGCAUCGAAUGAUGCGCACAUCAAGGACCUGGAAGCGAAAGUCGCACGACGGGAAGCCGAAAUCGAGGCUCUCAUCGCGCGGCCCUCGGAGGCUCGCACCUCUCGACGUUCGAAGUCUCCCGAACUGGAGGGUGAUAACAGAAGAGUGGGACGAGAGGAGGCUAUUCAGAUAUUGGAAUCGUCCGCUAAGCGCAAUCGUGGACUCAUCACGGAGGUGGAGAGUUUGGUCGAACGACUGGAGACCGCCCGGGCUGAACCCCAACAGCGACCUCUCCAUACUCAAGGUGUACAGACAGAUCUUAUUCCAUCAGUCGCAAGGCCUAUCACACCUCCUCGUGCCUCAUCACGUCCUACUUUACGGUCCCCCACUCAAAUACAAUCACCCAUCGCGAUACCUUCCGCCGUCAAUACCUCUCUGGCUGCAGACAUCGCGUCACCAUCCAUCGCGGCACUCACCGCUCAAAUCGCCACCCUAAGCGUCCAAAUCUCGAACCUCGAAAACAACCGCCAGAGGCUUGGAUUCCCUUCCCCACAUCCCCAUUCCCAUCACCUCGAAUCAUCGUCAAUUUCAGACGACGCCUACUCAGGACCCAGCAAUAAUCGACCGCCCACCCCACCUCCGUCAACACAUAAACGCCACCACAGCCGCAACCAGAACCAUCAUCAUCAUCGAAGAUCACGUAGCCCUACACCUACACCCUCAGAAACGGUCGAUGCAUAUGCGUCGACGAGUCGGCCUACUCGUACAGUGCAUAUCCGAUCGGCAUCCCCUUCAUCAAACCCACGAACUCCCGACCGCGCCCAUGUCCAUGCCGCAUACUCUACCCGAGAACCACACCCACCCGUUUCGCCAUCCAGUCGGACAGACCGUAGUCAUCGACAUCGUGGUCGCGACCGUGAUCAGGAUGAACUACUCGUCCAAGCAGAACGAAGACAUGCGACCCCUGAGCCAGUAGGACGCAAUGUCUCCCUCGAGUCACAACAACGCGAAGCGGAAGCUCUGGGUCCAUCGCUCGCAGAUCUGAUGGAGCAGAUCACCACGCUCGGGGGCCAGAUGAAUAAAUUGGAGAGGGAUGGGAGGGGGCUUAUGGAAAGAUUUGCACGGUCGACGGGAGGUGGGUUUGGCCAGUCAUCGCAGAUUGAACUUAGGCGUUUGGAAAGAGGGCUUGGGCGGCCGGUGGGGGACCUCGGACGUUCUGAAGGAGAGUUUGAGCGGUCAGAAGGGCGGCAUGGACGGGGGACUGGAUAUCUUGGACAGUCGAGAGCGGACUUGGGACAGUCUAGGGGCGGGGUUGCCCAUUCACAGAGACGAUCCCUUCGUUCGAGGCCAAGGGAAGUCGAACUGACAGUGUCUGCGAGGUCGCAAAUGUCUCAACCCCAGAGGGCUUCGGUAGCGUUUGAGCCAGUCGCGAGUUCGGAGACUUCGGAGGCCGUUCUCGUGGCAUCGACACAUACAGAACCAGCGCCUUGGCCAGCGGACGUGAAUCGUACGCUGCUUUCGGACUAUCAGCCUGACUCGGACAACGUUGGCGUUCACGAAUCGUUCCGAGCUUUCCACGAAACUCUCAAACAAUCGCCCUCUCAUUCCCGAUCGCCGCACAAAGCGUCCAACAGCGGAGACGGUUUCGGUUUCAGCGAGGACGAAGGCCGUGGUUCGAACGGGAGCGGGAGUGAAGUGGCCCGUACGCAUUCGACCGUCGAGGCGGAAUGGCCGCACGAUAUCACGCGCGCUGGGGAUACGUAUACGGCGUCCAUGGCCAUCACCGUCCCUGAACUGCUCAGCCAUCCUCCACCUCGUCAUUCCAAUGGGCAUUAUGAGUUCACGCCCUUUGAAUCUGAGAUCGAGAAUCUACCGGUUGGCGGUACGAGCGUCGCGUCUUCUUCGGGCGUGCGGCUUCAUUAUGAGGAGCGGGAAGAGGGCGGUGGUCUGGAUGACUCGCAAGGCGAGGCUGAGAUGGAGCUCGAGUCGCCGAUUUGGGAUACGAUCACUUUGCCGAGUGUGCCUGUGGAGCUUUCGGCUGUGGAGGACGAGGGGCAGGUUAGCAUGGAGGUGGAGGAUGAAGAAGAUUCUUUUGGCCUUGGGCAGGGAGAGGAUCAGGAUGGAGAGGGGGACGAGUAUGAGGGUGGGGGCGAGGGCGAGGACGAGUAUGCGGAGCGAUAUGAGGAUGAGGAGGGCUAUGAAGGAGAAGAGCAGUAUGAGGGCGAGGAGCAGUAUGAGGGUGAGGAGCAGUAUGAGGAGGAAGCGGAGAGAGAUGGGUCAGCCGACGAGCAGGAUCGAGAUAGUGGUUCGCCACCUUUGCCUGAGGGGAUGCGCCUGGAUCCGGUCCAAGAAGAGGAAGAGGAGGAAGAGAAUGAAGAGCAGUACUCAGACGCUGGUUCGUUCUCUGGCCGUGGACAAGGAGACGUGGCGGAGUCCACUCCGAAUCAACCAUUCGGGCAGCCUUUCUCCCUCCCGUCCGCAUUCUCAUUCACCUUCACACCCCAUGCUGGUCCUAUUCUUGACGACGUGCGACAAGAACUCAGAGGCUUGAACUCGGGUGGCGUGAUGCUCAGCCGGCAGCAGAUCGAGGAAUUUAUUGGGAGGUUGGAUGAGGUUAGCGAGAGGUUGAGGGGGACGGACGAUGAGUUGGUCACGGUCAGGAACGACUUGCUCGAUUUGAUGGAGGGAAACUUGGACAGUGGUGAUGAGCAGAGGUCGGUAUGAGGCGACGUUGGUCGGCUAGCACCUCAUCUCGCGGUUUUGUUCAUAUCGGUUUGUUUUUCGUGCGUCUUCAUUGUAAAGGUUUGCGACCUGUCUCUUGUUACUUGCUUUCGAUCCGUCUCUCUGCUUUGCCGACUUGCACAUAACUUAUUUGCGGACUUGACUGCAGUGCUUCCUUUUUCGUACCGUGUACAUACACUUCUAUUCUGAAUCACAUCGCGCACUACUCGUAUUCUCUAAUCCAUCGAGAUGUCCCCCCGUUCUGCAUGCUCGAAUCAUGUGGAUUUCUGUAUUAGUGUACAUACUAUCUCUACGUGA